CGCAUCUGCGGCGCCGCUGUUGUGUGUCUGCGCCCGCUGCGGCGCUUCGAGCACAUCGCCCGGGCACGCCACACACGAAGAUAGCUCCUGCGGCGUCCCACUCCGCGCGGUGCCCGCCACAACUAUUUUACACCGUCUCGUGCAUGUCCUAGCUCCCCCCCAUGUCUCGCUAGCUAGAAGCGCCCACGCGUGGCACCAACGGGCAGCAGCUCCGUAGCUCCUUUCGAUCGAUCGGAUCGACAUGACGCUGGACGCCCUGUGCGCGGCCACCGACGUCCUCGUCUACGACACCUUCAACGCGGCGGCCGCCGCGAGUGCCGCGCCGGCCGAGGACACUCUCCUCUUCGGCGACGCCGCCGGAUCGGCAUGGAUGGCAGGGUCUGCUCCUGCUGCGGCGGCGCAGGCUGUGCCGGCGGUGCCGGUGGAGGAAGGGGAGAAGGCGCAGGGGAGGAGGAAGCGGCGGCGGCGGGCGAGGAGCUGCAAGAACCGCGAGGAGGCCGAGAGCCAGCGCAUGACCCACAUUGCCAUUGAACGCAACCGCCGCCGCCAGAUGAACGAGUACCUCGCCGUCCUCCGCUCCCUCAUGCCGGAGUCCUACUCCCGCCGGGGCGACCAGGCAUCCAUUGUCGGCGGCGCCAUCGAUUUCGUGAAGGAGCUCGAGCAGCUGUUGCAGUCCCUGGAGGCGCAGAAGCGCACGCUCCUCGCCGAGCAGCAGCAGGAGCACAGGCCGUUGCCCAAUCGUGACGCGAUGCCAUUGCCGAGCGCCACCGUCACGGCCGCGGCGACGACGAGCGGCGGCGAGGGCGAGCAUGCGUCGGCGACGCGCGACACGGCGGGACCCCCGUUCGCGGGGUUCUUCACGUACCCGCAGUACGUGUGCCGCCUCCCGCCGCGGGACGACGCCGACGACCGCGCCGGGGCGGCGGACAUCGAGGUGACCCUGGUGGAGACGCACGCCAGCGUCCGGGUGAUGGCGCCGCGGAGGCCCGGGCAGCUUCUGAAGAUGGUCGCCGGGAUGGAGGCGCUCAUGCUCACCGUGCUGCACCUCAACGUCACCACGCUCGGCUCGCUCGCGCUCUACUCCCUCAGCGUCAAGGUGGAGGAAGGGUGCGGGCUGACGACGGCGGACGACAUCGCGGCGGCGGUGCACCACGUGCUCUGCCUCAUCGACGCCGAGGCGACGUCGCAGCGGCUGAUCGCCGGCGGGCAGCCGGAGAUUUUAAGUUAGCUAGGUGCACCGGACCGGGGCAUGCCGGCGUGAAGUAGGAGUAAUUUGUAAAGUGUAGUGGACCUCUAGGAGGCUUUAGCGAGCCGUUGGUUUGUGGUCGACGAGGCAGAGCAAAACACGGUGCCUGUACUAGUACUUGUACAAUACAAUAACAUGCGGUACGGGUUUCACGAAA